AACUUUAUUCCGAUUAAAUGAAUAUUGAAAUACAAAAUAUUAGGAUAACGUAGCCUAUAAUGAACAUCGCAUCAUGUCAUGUCAAUGGCGCUGUUUCCUGUCAAAUACGGGCGAGUCAACUACAAGGGCUUGAAACAUAGAUCAUGAAAAUUAUGAUAAAACAAGAAAUGUACUAAUUUAAACACCCUGAAACCGUUGAACGUGAACGCGCCGGUUUGGCUGUACGGGAGUGUGUGUGCUUCAAGCAGUUCUCCGGUCCCGGGCGUUCCGGACUCCCACGUCAGCAAAACGUUUUUCCAGCACAAACGGGUUUCGGUCUUUCGGGCAAAGCAGGAAGUGAAAGCCGUGCGCCCUGAAAACAAAAGCUGGAGAAAACACCCAAAGUAUACAGACUGAAAAAUGGAGAUGGUUUGUGAAAGUGGGACAUGUAGACUCUACCGGAGUGCUGGUGAAGCAGGGCAUCCGCCUAUUUACAAGCGAACUCGUGCAGAAAUUGCAGCCAUUCACCAGAGUUGCUUGUUGAAACAACUGGACCAUCAGAGGCAACAGGUUUUGUUUUGUGACUGCAACAUAUUGGUGGAGGGACACAUUUUUAGAGCACAUCGUAAUGUUCUGUGGGGCAGCAGCGGAUACUUCCGGAUGCUGUUAUCUCAGGAAGCUAAAGUCACUCAGAACUCAGUAAGUGCUUCUUUUGAUGUCUUCAGCUCUGCAAUUUUUUCGAUUAUCUUGGACUUUAUUUAUUCUGGUCAACUGGAGCUCAACAGUUCCAAUGUAAUAGAGGUGAUGUCAGCAGCCAGCUACCUGCAGAUGAAUGAUGUCAUUUCCUACUGCAAAACCUUUAUUAAAUCUUUUCUCGAAAUCAGCGCGAAAGACGACGACGAAAGUCAGUACUUGUGUCUGUCGGAGGGCAGUCCACCUCAGGAUAGACACGAGAAUGUCAUCGAGCCAUCCACUAUGUGUGAUGUAAGCACAAGGCCACAGACCAGAAGCUGGGAGCACCAAGAGGAGGACCACACAACAGAGGAUAUCAGAGGAGCCAUAGUCUCCAGCCCACAGCCAUCAGGGCUUCAGCAGAACUCUCCACCACAGCCCAAUCUAGAGUCACAGAUGGAGGAGGAGCAGUUUAGCCCUGUGCUGUCUGAACACAGAAGAAGAGGAAGCAGGAAAAGAACUGCGACCAGUCGCUUUGUAACAGAAGACACAUCGCUCAUUGACCUAGAGGGGGUGGUAUCCCACUGCACUCAGAAGGCAGAUGAGCUGUAUGCCAACCUUCCAUCAAUUGUUGGGGUAGUUGGUGUGUUUAAUAAAGAUUCCACUCCCUCUAUGCGUUAUAAAUGUCCUUUCUGCACGCACACAGUAAAAAGGAAGGCAGAUUUGAAGCGACACCUCCGCUGUCACACAGGUGAGCGUCCGUACCCCUGCCAGGCCUGCAGCAAGCGUUUUACUCGCCUAGAACACCUGCGUAGCCAUUUUGAGACGGCCAAAUCCCGAGGACUAGCGUUAUUUCUCCAAAUGACUCCUUAUCAUGCAUAUCAGAAGAAGAUCCACCAGGCUCGUAAACUGGUUUGCAGGAAAUGCAAACGUCAUGUAACCGAGAUAAAUGGCCGAGUGGUGAGCGAGGGAACUCGCAGAUACAGACUGUGCAAUGUUUGUAUUCAAGAGAGUGGCUAUAAUGAGUUAAUUACAGAUGGAAAUAAAGAGAAGGAAGGGCUAUUGUUCGAGGUGGAAGAGGACACAAGUGAGGACAGGGAAAUGACAUGGGUCAUGGAUGAUGAUGAACUUGCAGAAGAUUCUGGUGCAGAUCUCAUCAUCCAGGAGGUGGACGACAGCGAUGAGGACACCAGUGGAAAGUGAUGAUUAUGACCAUCCUGACAGUCUCAGGUGUUAUCAUUUCAGAACAGAGAUUAUUGCGUGGUUUGUAUAAUUUCAAUUGUUCUCAUUAAAUAUAAAAAUACUGCUUUUAUAAAAUACAAUUUUAUUCCUGUAAUUUAAAUAUAAAUAUAGUUUAUUUCAAAAUGACAAUUACAGGAAAAAUUACAAUGUGGUUUAACAAUCUCAUGCAAUGGGACAGAUCUUUCUGACAUUCUAUUGGGUUAUUCUUGCCAUUGGCUAUAAUUCUUCCUAGCAGUUUUUGUGUGUUCGCAGUUAAAUUAACACACAGAUUUAAUCAUAUAAUUUUGCAUACUGUGUGGCAUGGAUUCAGCUUACAUUUUCCUACUUGUUGUAUAAUACUCUAAUUUAUGUAAAAACAUUUUCAAAAACAAUUUGUUAAAAGUCACAUGCCCAACAUAAACUUUGUCUGAAAAUAAAACAUUACAUAUAAGCACUUUUUGAAACCAUAUGUUAAUGUGAUUAUUAUUUACUACUAUAUUGUCACCUUCCUAAAAUAAUUGCUUAAGUCAUUUUUUCAGGUUUCUCAGAAAACACAAAUAAAUGGAACUAACUUCAGAG